AUGUCAAGUCCCGGCGAGAAGGUCGUUCUCGUGACUGGCGGUGUCAUAAGUUGGAGGGUCGCUGCUCUUGAUAUCGCGUCUCAAAGUGCCCUUGCUCAAAAACUCGCCGAUGAACUUGGACAGAACUUCAUGUUUUGCCAAUGUGACAUCAGUCAUUGCCACGAGCAAGCAAGUGCAUUUUCAGCUGCAUUUCGAAAAUGGGGCCGAAUCGAUGCUCUCUGUGCCGACGCGGGCAUCAUCGACAGAACUCCAUUUACAUUCUCAAGUGGUGAUACCUCCCGAACCAGACCUGUCAUGCACGGAUGUUUGCUUGAAAGCCACAAUCUACGGCGUCCAACUUGCUGCUUAUUUUAUGCGACAGAGUCCUGCGCCCGGCGGGAGCAUUAUUGCAACGUCCAGUAUGGUCCAGUCCACCCGGUUGCAUCGUUUGCCGAAUAUUCUGGGGCAAAAGCCGGAGUCAAUGGGUUCGUGCGAGCAUGUGCUCCAUACUUGCAGUUUAAAGAAAACGUUACCAUCAAUACAGUCUGUCCCGGUGUGGUGCCAACCCAAUUUAUAAGCCAACAUAUGCGGGAUACCUUUGGCGAAGACUCAUUAACACCCGUCUCAACCAUCGUUAGCGCAUACUGGAAAUGCUUGAACGACAGAUCUCUCAAUGGGGACUUUAUCGAAUGUUCUCGGGAUCAGCAUAUCAUCUUGAAAAGGCCCCUGGACGCAGAUGGAGAAGGAUCGAAGCGAACGACUACGGUCUACGAUCCGUACUUCGUGACUAUACAUGGCAAGGCUUCCGGACUUCCAGAUAUUGGAGUUGGUGGUGUUCUCGCAAUUCCCCCAAGCUACUUCUGGGGGCGUGCGCCUGUCGUAUUCUGGGCUGUCCUCGCCAGCGUCUUCUUGACCCUCGGGAUCUGCCUGACUGACAACUUCGAGGCCUUUUAUGCGUUACGUCCAUUGCAAGGGGCUAAUCUUACAGUCUGCCAAACAACGACACUAUGUUACAUCAAAGAUAUGUUCUUCCUCCACGAGCACGCCCGCAAGAUCGGCAUCUGGCUUUUCUUCUACGUCACGCCAUACAUUGGCCUAAUGCUGGACUACUUCAUGAUUUCUGGACUUGACUCGCAGUGGCGUCCGCUAUACUGGCUUGCACUAGCAUCGACUUGUUUUGAUCUUGUCCUGGUGGUAUUGUUUCUUGACGAAACCUGGUAUCGAAGGGAUGUGCCCCCUCGAGGAGCAGCCGCCGCGUGGCAACAGAUGGCAGAGAGUGUUCGGGAUAUGGCAAAUCAGGCGCCACAGAGGCUACUUCAUGGCUGCCUAUAUUUCAGGUGGGCCACUGGAGUCAAUAUCACGGCGGCUGUCCGCCUCGGCACACCAGAAGACGUUGGGGGCUACGGAUUCAGUCCUAAAGCGUCCGGAUUCAUCUAUUUUGCCCCCGCUAUAAGCGUCACGUUGGGCGAGGCUCUCGGACACUGGCUAAACAACUGGAAUGCUGCAAGAUACGCGAGAUGCCAUGACGGUCUUUUCAAGGCAGAAGCGCGUUUGCCUGUCACGUAUCUCGGGACCAUCUUCAUGGUGCCUGGUCUGGUCCUUCUCGGACAGACGUUUGAGCAUCAUCUCCAUUGGCUGGGCAUUGCAUUCGGGGAGGUCUCGGCGUUCAUCAACUUUAUGCGUGUGAUGGACGGAUUUGCUGUCGGUUACUUUCAGCUGCCAUGGGGCGUGAGAGUUGGCUAUGGCGCCAGUUUCGGCACACAGGCUGCCGUGAUUGUCGCAGCGGGGGGGAUCUUGACCUUCAUUUACUUUUACUGGGGGAGGCUCAGGGCCAAAGGCGGUCCACUAAGAUUUCCUGGUUCGACUUGA